GAGGCCGAGGGCAGCCGAGCAGUCGCCGCGCCGCGUCGCAGGUUUAAGCGCAGUGCGGGGCCGCGGCCGGGGGCGGCGGUAGUGAGGCCAGCGCCGCGCUCCAGCCCCCUUUUCCCUCCAUGGUUUCUCUCCGCUCCCGCGAGUAACUUGGCUCCCGGGGCUCCGCUCGCCCGCACGCCGCCCUGCGCUCGGGAACGCGCCACGCGCCGCCGCCGCCCGCAGACCCCUUCCGACGGCCCUCGCCGCGCAGGCCGGGACGCCUCUCCCCCCUCCGCCCCCGCCGCGGAAAGUUAAGUUUGAAGAGGGGGGACGAGGGAACAUGGACAUGAAGAAGAGGAUCCACCUGGAGCUGAGGAACCAGACCCCGGCCGCCGUUCGAGAACUUGUCUUGGACAAUUGCAAAUCAAAUGAUGGGAAAAUUGAAGGCUUAACAGCUGAAUUUGUGAACUUAGAGUUCCUCAGUUUAAUAAAUGUAAACUUGAUUGCAGUUUCAAAUCUCCCCAAGCUACCUAAAUUGAAAAAGCUUGAGCUCAGUGAAAAUAGGAUCAUGGGAGGUCUGGACAUGUUAGCAGAAAAACUUCCAAAUCUCACACAUCUAAACUUAAGUGGAAAUAAACUGAAAGAUAUCAGCACAUUGGAACCUUUGAAAAAGUUAGACUGUCUGAAAAGCCUGGAUCUGUUCAACUGUGAGGUCACUAACCUGAAUGACUACCGAGAGAGUGUCUUCAAGCUCCUGCCCCAGCUGACCUACCUGGAUGGCUAUGACAGAGAUGACCAGGAGGCCCCAGACUCAGAUGCAGAAGUAGAUGGUGUGGAUGAAGAGGAGGAGGAUGAAGAAGGAGAAGAUGAGGAGGAUGAAGAAGAUGAAGACGGUGAGGAGGAAGACUUUGAUGAAGAAGAGGAUGAAGAUGAAGACGAAGAUAUAGAAGGGGAAGAAGAUGAAGAUGAAGUCAGUGGUGAGGAAGAAGAAUUUGGACAUGAUGGAGAAGUCGAUGAAGAUGAAGAAGAUGAGGAUGAAGAUGAGGAUGAAGAUGAGGAAGAAAGUGGGAAAGGUGAAAAGAGGAAGAGAGAGACAGAUGAUGAAGGAGAAGAUGAUUAAGACCCUGAUAAAUCUGCAAAACCAGAACUGUUCAGUAUUGGUUGGACUGCUCAUGGAUUUGGUAGCUGUUUAAAAAAAGGUAGCUGUGAUACAAACCCCAGGACACCCACCCACCCAAAGAGCCAAAGAAUAGUUCCUGUGACAUUCCGCCUUCCUCUCUUUAGUCCCUCUUGGUAAUCCACCAAGCUUGGGGACUUGGCCCCAACAAAAUUGUAAGCGUUGUUAGGUUUUCGUGUAAGACUCUUGCUGUAGUGUGGAUAGCUGUGAUUGGUGAGUCAGCCCUCUGUGGCUACCAGUUACACCAAGAUUGUAACAGCAUUUUUACUUUCUGUACAACAACAACAACAAAAAAAAGCUUUGUAAAUAAAAUCUUAACAUUUUG